CUCCGUCCGGAGGAAGCGAGAGUGCGCUCGCUCGGGCAGUCAGAGGGGACAGGACGGGACCGGCGGGCGGGCCGGCGGAUUCGCCCUUUCGGUGACUGCGCUGUCCGGGCCCGUCCUGCCUGGCCGCAGGUGCCCCUGGAUGAGGCCGCCCCGCGCGCCCCGGCCGGGCUGCAUCUACCAAAGGGAUGUGAACGAUUGGGUCUCCUAAUCAGCGUAUGAUUGUCCUGAAGGCUCGAGACAGUGAUUGUGAUGUUGUAAAGGACCUCAUCCACUUCCCUUCCUUUCGGAUGAGCUUACUGAGACCCAGAGAACCAGACUGAAACUAAGGCAGACAGCUGAUGCAUCAUAGGGGGUCCCUGGGACUGUGAGGUGCCAGUGCAGCUGGGCCCAGGACAGUAAGGCCCUUGAUAUGAGUCUGUGCUCUGGAGGAGGCAAGAAGAGCUGCCAGCUCCUUCUUCUGGGUGUCAGCAUCCUCUCUUUCACAUGGUUGUGAGAAGGCGGUAUUGAAUUCAAGCAGUGAGCUUGCCAUAGUCCUGAGUUACAGACAUCCUGAGAUCUUAUAAUCAAUGGAUAAAGUGGGAAAAAUGUGGAAUAACUUCAAAUACAGGUGCCAGAAUCUCUUUGGUCAUGAGGGAGGAAGCCGUAGUGAAAAUGUGGACAUGAACUCCAACAGAUGUUUGUCUGUCAAGGAGAAAAACAUCAGUCUAGGAGACUCAGCUCCUCAGCAACAGAGCAGCCCCUUAAGAGAAAAUGUUGCCUUACAACUGGGAGUAAGCCCUUCAAAGAAUUCUUCAAGGAGAAACCAAAACUGUGCCACUGAAAUUCCUCAGAUUGUUGAAAUAAGCAUUGAAAAGGAUAAUGAUUCGUGUGUCACCCCAGGAACAAGACUUGCAAGAAGAGAUUCCUACUCACGACAUGCUCCAUGGGGUGGGAAGAAAAAACAUUCCUGUUCUACAAAGACACAAAGUUCAUUGGAUACCGAUAAAAAAUUUGGUAGAACUCGAAGUGGACUUCAAAGGAGAGAGAGGCGCUAUGGCGUAAGCUCCGUACAUGAUAUGGACAGCAUUUCCAGCAGAACCGGAGGAAGUCGCUCUCUGAGACAGAGGUUGCAGGAUACUGUGGGCUUGUGUUUUCCCAUGAGAACUUACAACAAGCAGUCAAAGCCCCUCUUUUCUAAUAAAAGAAAAAUACACCUUUCUGAAUUAAUGCUUGAGAAAUGCCCUUUUCCUGCUGGCUCAGAUUUAGCCCAAAAAUGGCAUUUGAUUAAACAGCAUACAGCCCCUGUGAGCCCACAUUCAACAUUUUUUGAUACAUUUGAUCCAUCUUUGGUUUCCACAGAAGAUGAAGAAGAUAGGCUUAGAGAAAGAAGGCGGCUCAGUAUUGAAGAAGGGGUUGACCCCCCUCCCAAUGCACAAAUACAUACAUUUGAAGCCACUGCACAGGUUAAUCCGUUAUACAAACUGGGACCAAAGUUAGCUCCUGGAAUGACUGAAAUAAGUGGGGACAGUUCUGCACUUCCACAAGCUAGUUGUGACUCAGAAGAGGACACCACCACCCUGUGUUUGCAGUCACGUAGGCAGAAGCAGCGUCAGGUGUCGGGAGACAGCCAUGCCCACGUGAGCAGACAGGGAGCUUGGAAGGUCCACACGCAGAUUGAUUACAUACACUGCCUCGUGCCCGAUUUGCUUCAGAUUACAGGUAAUCCUUGUUACUGGGGAGUGAUGGACCGUUAUGAAGCGGAAGCCCUUCUUGAAGGGAAACCUGAAGGCACAUUUUUGCUCAGGGACUCUGCGCAAGAGGACUACCUCUUCUCUGUGAGCUUCCGUCGCUACAACAGAUCCCUGCAUGCCCGCAUUGAACAGUGGAAUCACAACUUUAGUUUUGACGCUCAUGACCCAUGUGUAUUUCACUCCUCCACUGUAACAGGACUUUUGGAACAUUAUAAAGAUCCCAGUUCUUGCAUGUUCUUUGAACCAUUGCUUACUAUAUCACUAAACAGGACUUUCCCUUUUAGCCUGCAAUAUAUCUGCCGGGCAGUCAUCUGCAGAUGCACUACGUAUGAUGGGAUUGAUGGGCUCCCUUUACCGUCAAUGUUACAGGAUUUUUUAAAAGAGUAUCAUUAUAAACAAAAAGUCAGAGUUCGCUGGUUAGAGCGAGAACCAGUCAAGGCGAAGUAAACUCUCCUGUCCCCAAAGAGCAUUAACUAGAUCUGCUUUUAUGUGCAUCGACAGUACACCUAUAGCAAGCACACAUAUCAGUGUUAGGUUUUUUCAGUACAGUAUGUAAGCUUAGUGUUAGUAUCUGUCAGAUGCGAUCUGCUGUUACUUACUCGGAUAAACGUGGUGCCUAUUGAGACAACAGAGGAUAGAGCUACCGAUGUUCAGUAAGGCUACAAAAACAUCUUGCCAGUUUAGCUAACAGUUUGGUUUUUAAUGGCUGUAGUAAUUGAGUGACACAACUCUGGGGCAUUUGCUAUGAAGAAUACUCUUUCUUACUGAAGAACAAAUUAUUAAUAUUGGAUGAGUAUUUCAACAGUGUGACUAAUGUUUGAAAUUAUUAUUUUUUUCUAAGAAUUUUUCUAUAACCUUCCAAAAGUAGUAAUGUUUGUAGUUACUAUAAAUCAAGUUUUGGAAGUCCAAAAAAUAAAGACUGCCUUCCUUUUAGGAAAAAAUGCAAUUUUCUGGCCACAAGGGCAUAGUGCAGUUCACUUAAGUGUUGAUAUAGUUCAUAGUCAGUCUCCUUUUCUCUUCUGCGAAAGGUACGGUUAAGUAAACCAGGUUUUCUAAAUAGUAGUUCUUAAAAUUUCAGACUUAUAAAGUUGGUAGUAGAAUUUUAUUUAAAGGCCUUAGGUAUUAAUUUUUUUAAUGAGUGCUUUAACUCAAAAUACAUUGGGAAUAGCUGCUACAACGUGGUCCUGUGUGUGUUUUUAAGUUAACGUGCAGUCUAAUCAUUGAUUCAUUAAAGUUGGAUCUUUUCCUAUGCCCAUGAUGAGUUUGUGAACCAUGAAAAAAAUGAGACUAGAAGAGGGCCAAACAAGUCUGAUAAUAACAACUACAGUGGUUGCUGAUGUUGAGAUUAUUGAUAACUGUAAUUAAUAAUUUGGAUGGCAGUAUUUAUCUCUUCGUUGUAAACUCAUAGCUGAAUUGCUUAAGUACAAUUUAUAGAAUUUCAGUGCAGUUAAUUUUUACUGGAAACUCUUAAACCUAAAUUGCAGAUUUAAAAGGUACUGUACGACCAUUGUAUCUGUAAAUAACUUUACUUAGCACCUUUUUGUCACUUAGAAUAGUAUGCAAUACUACUUGAGUGAGCUAUUUUGGAAGAAUACCAAGUUCUAGUGUUUGCUUCUUAGUAUCAAACUGAAUUUACAGUUCUGUCCUAGACAUUUUGCACUAAAGUAGUCAAAACCAUUCUUGUGUCUUUUUGUUAAUGUGUUCUGUACCACUGGUGAGUGCUCCUUAGUUUCCUUACCUGCUGCUACAGAAAGUUAUUUUACAUCCCGAUGGCUAUUGCCAAGGCUACAAAAAAGAAAAGCUAUAUUUGUAUGCAACACUAACCCUUUAACUGCUAAUGUAUGUUUCUGCUUGCUGUGCCUUGUUAUGGCUGCUUUUUUGUGCUAAUAAAGUAUGUUUGGUGUUCUCCUUGUA